GGCCCUAUCCCAGCAUCACCUGAUCUGCCAUUUUCUCUUGUCUCUGCUUUCUUCCAAAGAUCUUAUCAUCAGAAUUAUGGCUUGCAGCAGUUUCAGUGGAAUGAGCUCCAAUGGCGGAGUACAAGUUAAAAUUAAGUCCAGUGCAGAAAAGUUCUGGCAGGCCAUUGUCAACUCCACAAAAUUGUUCCCAAUUGCUAUUCCUAGCCUUUACACCGCCAUUUCUCCUAGUAAUUCAGAUGGCACUGUUCGCGUCAUCACAUACGGUGAAGGUUCUCCACAAAUCAAACAGUCAGAACAGCAAAUCACUGGAAAGUACUGGCCGACAUUUUCUUAUACAAUACUGGGUGGGGAUAUCCUGAAAUACUAUGCAAGUUUCUGUGGCGAAAUAACAAUUACUACAGUGGAUGAUGAGACAUGGGUGAAGUGGACAUGGAACGGUGUGUUCCCAAAACCUAAUAACCCUACUGAUAUUGAAGUGGACUUGCAAGAACUUGCCGUGAAGACCUUGGGAAAGUUGGAUGAAUAUCUUCUGAGGGCAUAUUAAAACCCUGGACAUAUGGAGAUGACAACAAUAUUGACAUGCGCGGGCCAAUAAUAACUAAAAUGCGCCAUGCUCUUAUUCAAGUUUAUCUUCAUGUAUUUUAUCUACGUAUAAAUAAAUAACAUCUUUUAUGUAUAUUUAAAUUAAGCAGACUCUAAUUUAUGUGCAUAAGGUGUUCAUCUUUUA